AUUGACGCGGUGUAAAACAGGAAGUGGGCCAUGUGUUCGUCUGAGGUCGGGAUAAUCAGCAAGCCACUCAGCUGCUGAACAGUUUCAGGCGUACAUCAUGAUAACCCCAGCAUUUGAGCUCAGCCAAGACUCGGACUUCCUCACGCUGGUUAUCCGCGUUCCUUACACGAGAACAUCCGAGUUUGACAUCUACAUAGAUGGCGAGGACUUCAAAUUCUACGCCAAGCCCUAUUUUCUCAGGUUGACUCUACCUGGAAAAAUAGUCCAAGAUGGAAGAGAAAAGGCUUCAUUUGACAUCGAUAAAGGUCUCUUCACAAUGCGGGUCCCUAAGCAGACUGCAGGACAGCACUUUGAAGGACUGCACAUGCUGACCAGUCUCUUGGCCCCAAAAGGUUCCACGUCUGCUCAGCCUCUAAUGGAAGAGAUUGGAGCAUGCAGUCUGAGUGAGGCAUGUCAGGAAGAUAAAGAUGAAGAAGAGGAUUUUGAUUGGCAGGUAGAACAGCAGCCAUAUGUCGAGUCCUCAGAGGAAGACCUGAAAAAGAUGCAGAAAUACGGCUUCGGAAACUUCAGGACUGGGGUUUUCUCUCGACUUCAGGAGGAGCUGUCAGAAGUGAUCGAUGUGGAAGACCCAGAAAGCUCCACCCAUGCCAUGAGGAGAUCCAACCGCUUGGAUUCAGAGACCACCAUAUUCUGUACUGACCAUUAUCUGUUGGAUUUAUAUGAAGGUGAAGAGAUGAGGCAAGUUCAUCUCAAUUUUCAGCCGUGGUGGAGGGAGCUGAAGCCAGACUCUGAUGGUGAAUCUGCUGUGACUUUCACCGAUGAGGAAAAAGAACAGAUGAGAAAAUUCACAAAUCGUUCCUACGUGCUGGAUAAGGCAACCAGAUACCAUAUCUGGCUUAGUCUAAUGGACAUCAUCCUGGCCUACAUCUAUGACGUGCGCACUACAGAAGGAGAACAUAACGUGGAGUCAGCAUGGACCAUCAGAAAAAUCAGCGGGACUUUAAGCUGGCUGGAGACGUAUCACUCUCUACACGAGGUGCUCGUGUCAUUUGGCCGCAGGGUGCUGUGUUACCCGUUGUACCGGCACUUCUCUCUGAUCACGACAGCAGUGCAGGACGCCGCUCACAUUUUCCAGAGUGGUAAGGCCUUUGUCUUGAAAUGCCUGCUAGCCAUCCAUAAGAUCUUCAGAUACAAUGAGCCGGCCUACAUCCUCAAUGACCUCUACAUCACAGACUACUGCGUUUGGAUCCAGCGGGUUAAGUCUAAGCACAUGGUAGCCCUGGCUGAAGCAUUACGCCAAGCUGAGCUGCACAAGAAGGACCUGGACCUGGAGCUGGAGAUUCUGGAGGAAGCUGCUGAGAUGGUGGUAGAAGAAGAACAGGAGGAGCAAAUAAAGGAGGAGGGGCAGGAAGAUCAAAUGAAAGAAAGUGAAGAGGAGGACGAGUCUAGCAGCAGCAGUGAGGAAGAUGACGAUCAUGACAGCAGUGCUGCCAAGAGUGAAGAGGAGGAGCAAAAAGGAGUAACAGAUGGACCAGCAAUAACUUGCCCCUGCUCUCAAGACCUUGAGCAUGGAGAAAGCCUGAUUCAGGAGCUGGGAGAGAGGCUGCAGGAGGAGGAGCCGAGGAUCAGAGAGGACGUGCCUCAGAUAACCAUUCCUUCCAGUAGCACGGCGAGAGAGAAAGAGGGAGUGGUGCACAGAUUAAGAAAGAUAGACGACUCCCAGCUCCUUGUAGCUCUGGAUGGAGUUAAAGUCACAGAUGCAGCAAGCGGCACAGCUCAGUUAGAGCAUCGACAGCGUAAUGUACGGAUCUUGAAUGCUGAGGAACUGGACAGUGACGAUGAGGAUGAGCCAAAUUAGUGAGUGUUCACAGGGAUCUAAGAAGAUUAAAAAAAAUGCCCAUCACUGGACCGUGCUGAGGAGUAUAUUCUUGAACUCAAACACCUUAAAAUAAAGUAGUAUUGAAUACUUUUCUGUUUUGUUUUUUAAUUGUAAUACCGUUGAUUUGAAGAGACAUGUUAAAUGUUAAUCAUUUUUAAACUACUAUUUCAGUCAUAGCUUGUAUGAAUAAUUUUUCUACCGGAUUCAUUUUAUUAAAAUUCUCUUUAAAGUUC